CGAAGUUUACUCCACCGCCACCUGUUUCUUCAAGUUUACUGGUGUCGUCUAUUGCUUCGCAGGCUAUUCAAGCACCAGUUAUGUCAACUCAAGCCUUCGGCUCUCGAUUUCAAACCCUAGGCAACUAUGCUCUGUCGAAUACUGCCCAAGUUUCAGGUUUGCCUCCAGUUUCUUCUGCACAGUUGUUUCCCCCUAUUACUCCAACCCAGCAGUUGCCAAAUCAUCUUUCUAUCCCUUCUACCAGCUUGCCCCCACCGGUCUCAUCUGCGCCCUUGUUCUCAUCAAUUCUACCCCAGCAGCAGUCUGCCCCUUCUGCGAACUUGUUUUCUCCUGUGAUACCUUAUCAACCUGCACAUUCUGCACCUUUGUUUUCAUCUAUGGCA